GCGCGUCGUCGCGGCGGCGGCCCGUAGCGGCUUCCUCUUCCUCCGGCGCGGGCGCAGGUGCGCAACGCAGAAGCACCCCCGAGCUGGGGAGAAGCCGCGGCGACCCGCCCCGCCGGCUCGCCCUUCGCAUAAUCUUCUAUGGCGGUGGCGAUGAGCGCCGUGUUCCGGCGGCUGCACGCGGCGGCGGCGGCGCAGCCCCCGCGCCUGACGAAGCUCGCGCUGCAUGCGCCCAAAUCCGUUGAGGUUGAAUUCGCAGAUGGUAGCUCAUUUCAUCUGUCAGCAGAGUUUCUCAGAGUAUACAGCCCAGCAGCUGAUAGCAAAAUCAGAUCAGUGGGCGGUGAAAAGGUUAUAUUUGGGCGACGGCAUGUUGGAAUCAUGUCAGCUGAAUCCUUAGGGAACUAUGGAGUCCGGAUACUCUUCGAUGAUUUGCACAAGACUGGGAUCUUCACAUGGGAUUACUUGCAUCAUCUGGGUUCUCAUAAGUUCAGUUUGAUGCGAAGUUACAUCAAAACUUUGAGAAAGCACGGACUCAGUCGGGAUCCCCAAAGAAGGAAAUGAAGGGAACGAUAGUCCAUACUCUCUAGACAACCUCGCCUUCUGCUGCAUGGAUUGUUCUGUCAGGCUUGGCCUGCCAUGUAUCAGAAGAUUUGUUCACUUGAGCGUUUUAGAUGUAAACACAUAACAGAAGGAAAUGCUGAGUGACGGUAAGGCGUUAAGGAUGGACAGGAGUGUGCUGGAGUUGACUGACUUGUUGGAAUUGGACAGACACCUCCAGUUUUCUCAGAAUUUGUGCAGUUUUUUUUUAUCCUCUCCCUCUCAGAAGGGACAGUUGGUGUAUUUGAGUCCAAAUACUUGUGCAACUACGUGGAUGUGGAUGUAUCACUGAUUUCUUUAUUUAGACGAGGUAUACAACAAUUUUGCUGGUAAAUAA